UAUGCGGAGAUACAGAGGGGGGAGACAGUGGGAGAGAGUUUUCCCUUGCAGGCUGCUGCUGCUUGCUGUGCCAAUGCACAAACAGUACCUGCCGUGGGAUAGGUCUCCACAAAUUGAGGCUGCGCUUGACACGAUCAUGCGAUUGAAUGACGAGCGCGUCAUGCUCGUCUUCCUCCUCUCCUGCUCGGUGCGAUCAGUGGCUCUGUGUUCCGCAAUCCCCUGGGAUACUGUACCGCCCUCGAUGAGUCUGCUAUCAGCGUUUAGCUCACACUGAAUGGCUUCCCAGAGCAAGGAAAAGCCGGGAGAGAGAGAUCUGUGUCUCUUUCUUUAAACCAGCGCCCUGCAUCAACUUCCCAGCGAGGGGGUGAGUGUCUGUCUGUCGCUGUGUGUGAAGCGUCCUGCCGGGGUCGUCUGAGGAUUCACCGGCUGCUGCUGCUGCUGCUGCUGCGGUGGAGGAGAAGCAGGAGGAGGGGGAGGGUGGAAAGGAGAGUGAGGGGUAUGUGCCGGUGUCCUUAGUUAACACCGUGGAGUAGGGUUGAUGAUGAACGGUCCAGUAGGUACGGGACAAUAAAAGUUUGGGAAGUAGGCUGCUCAUUUAGGGGACGGGUCCAAGUUCUUAAUCUCAACCCAACCUUUAGAAAACACACUAAAGUAUAGCAUGUAUAACCAACGAGUGUAAGGUUUGUAGUUUAAUUUCCUCUCCAAAUAUGCGAAAAUGCAAUGGCAGUCAGUUUUUUUUGGCACGGUAACUCGUUCGUAAAGAAUUGUGCCUUGUUGUGCUCCCACCCCCCCGCUCCGUGCCGCACUGGUUCCGUCUGGCUCGCCCUCAGCUGCUGCGUGUCCUGGGAUGACCUGUUGAUGUCGGUAGAAUGGAGAAUGGCAGGGGGAGCGAUUUCCCCCAUCACCAAAAUAUUUAAAUAAGCAACAUUUUGGGCUUGACAACCGGCGUCGCAGCACAGCUACCUCGUCCGCACAGGCAACCUUUUGGUGGUGUGCGUAGGCGCACCAUGGCCCAGACCCUCCAGAUGGCGAUCCCAAACUUUGGCAACAAUGUUUUAGAGUGUCUGAACGAACAGCGACUGCAGGGCCUUUACUGCGAUGUCUCCGUGGUGGUCAAGGGCCAUGCCUUCAAGGCCCAUCGAGCUGUGCUGGCUGCUAGCAGUUCUUAUUUCCGUGACCUUUUCAGCAGCAGCAAUAACGGCAGUGGGAGCAGCAAUGAUUCAAGCCCGACUGUAGUGGAGCUCCCUUCGGCUGUGCAGCCCCAGAGCUUCCAGCAGAUCUUGUCUUUCUGCUACACAGGCCGUCUCAGCAUGACGGUGGGGGACCAGUUCCUGCUCAUGUACACGGCCGGCUUCCUGCAGAUCCAACAGAUCAUGGAAAAAGGCACGGAGUUCUUUCUCAAGGUCUCCUCCCCGAGCUGCGACUCCCAGGGUCUUCACGCUGAGGAGGCCCCCCCCUCUGAGCCUCAGAGCCCUGUGACGCAGACCAGUAACAGUGCAGGCCGGCCUGCCUCCUGCCUGACGCCACUGCCUCUGGUGUCCCGGGUGAAGACGGAGCAGCCAGCCAGCCAGCCGGAAGCUGCCACCCCUUACUCUGUGGUCUGCACCCCUGUGGCCAAGCGGUUGUGGGAGGGCGGCAGCAGCGGGGUAGGCUCAGGGGGAGGAGGCGGGGCUAGGAAAGCAGCCCGUUAUUCCCAGGAGGCAUUGCGGGGUAGUGCCAUUCAGAGCCCCGGAGCCCUUGGACUGGCUAUGGGUGUGGGGGCCAACGCAACCAGCCUGGCCGGCAUGGUGGCCGGCACUGGCACCAAUGGCAACUACGCAGCAGGCCUCGGCGUGUCAGAGGGCGCCAGUCCCGGCACCCUCAGCACCUACGCCAGCGACUCCCCCAUCAGCUACCACGACGAUGAAGAAGAGGAAGAGCCGACGGAUGAAUGUGCUGAAGAGCAGUAUAGGCAAAUCUGCAACAUGUACACCAUGUACAGCAUGCUCAACAUGGGCGCCGCAGCAGCUGGUGAGCGUGUUGAGGCUCUACCAGACCACACAGAGACACGGGGUCGGAUGCGAGGCAGAGACCUCACAUGUCUGCCCGCAGAACUCGUCGCUCAGAUAGGCAACCGCUGUCAUCCCAAACUGUACGAGGAAGGAGACCCUGCCGAGAAACUAGAGUUAGUCUCAGGUACUUCUGUGUAUAUAUCGCGAGCCCAGCUAAUGAACUGUCACGUGAGCGCAGGGACCAGACACAAGGUGCUGCUGAGGAGGCUGCUGGCCGCCUUCUUUGACAGGAACACUCUGGCUAACAGCUGUGGAACCGGCAUCCGCUCAUCCACCAACGACCCAAGCCGCAAGCCGCUGGACAACAGAGUUCUGCACGCGGUCAAAUUUUAUUGCCAGAACUUUGCCACCAGCUUCAAAGAGAGCGAGAUGAAUGCCAUCGCAGCGGACAUGUGCACCAACGCCCGCCGCGUGGUGCGUAAGAGCUGGAUCCCCAAGCUGAAACUACUGAUGGCCGAGAGCGACGCCUACACUGCUUUCCUUCCCGACGGGGUCAAGAUGGAGGACGACACCUUGGGGGCGGAGCCAGCCUUCGACCCAACCUCCCUGGAGGCUGCUGGCGGGGCCGGCAUGGAGUCAGGUGGCUCUUCAGGUGAAUCGCUACCAGGUGUAGGUGGGGAAGGAGGAGCAUUAUUUUGAACUUUGUGUCUGGGGAUAGUUGAGAUUUGGUGACACACAUACCAGUAUUCCCCAGUUUUGCUUGCCUCCUCACUCUUUGGCCCACGCUGAUCUCUCACAUCUGACUGUCUAUACUACACUGCUGGGGUCAACAGCUGUGACCCCGAUGUAACCUGGACAUGAACACUUAUUUGCUUUAAGACUGUACAAUGAAGGUAGUUGAGGAAAGGGAGAGAGUGAGAGGCUUUUCUCCAAACUGUCCUCUGCCUCCCCUUGUCUUUUUAAGGUGUGUAUGCGCAUCCACUGUUUAAUAUUAAAUACAUUCCCUGAAAUGAAGGUGAUUGGUGGGUUACUAUUGCAGAGGUGCAAGGAUGGCUGUAAGGACAGGUUCGGAGUAGACCACUCCAUAUUCCAGCCUAGGAGAAGGAACUAAAAAAUGAAAUAGAACCAAUAAUAUCAUUUAACACUACCUGUUUUUCCUCCCCCUGCUCCUUCCAAUCAUCACCCUGCAACUGUUCUUCGCCACAUCACAUUUCUCGAGACCUAGAGAAUCUCACUGAGUGUUUCACUGUGCAGUGUCUUAUAGAAAUGUCAUCUUCCUCUUCUUCUGUUUCCUAAUAUUGUAGCAUGUUUCUCUGUCUAUGAACUGAAUACGUGAUCCAGAGAGAAGGUGAACGCUUUUUACUGAGAUGAUUGUAAAGAGAAUUUAAAGGGCAAAAGGUUAUAAAAUAUGGUCAUAUUUUUAGAAGACAAACUAUAUUUAUACAAGUGCUCAUGCCUAGAGCGGCGUGAGCAAAAGAGAGUGAGAGGGAUUGUUUUAAAAUCUCGAUCUUCAUGUUUAAUUGAAAGAGGUCUUGUCAAAUAAGGAAAGUGCUAUUUUUGCAUAAAAAAGGAGUCUAAUAAAGCAGUCUUAUCAUAAGACACAUAGUCAUUUAUUUUUAUCUUUAUUUGACAGUGCAGAGAGAUGGAAUGAGCAGUUGAACUGCUAAAUAUGAAGCAUUUCAUCUUCUUUUCAUGAGCUUAAAAGGAAUAAUAAGACUGAUUCAGCUGGCUUGACUGUUGUCUAAGAGAACAAUUUCUAGUUAAGUUGUGAACCUGAAACGUUUGCCUCCUUCGAUAAAACUUUAGCCCACAAUUUUGACGAUUACCUGAAGAAAAAUAAAGGUUAUAUUAAUGUGACAACUCGGCCAGUAUUGAUAUUUUUGAAAAGGAAAAAGAAGUGCUGACAACUGCAAAAGUGGCAGGGAAUAAUUACAGAGAAUAGGUAUGUGCCUUUUAAUUCAAAUCCGUGAGCAGAAGCCUGGUGGGUACAGUGAUGUCAUGAGGAGGCAACAAUGCUUGAAGCAAAUGGUUGUAUGGUACGAUCCACGUGUGCAGAAACAGUUAUUUGGGUAAGAAGGAGAGCCUGUAUUGCGCGGCGGUGUCUUUUCAGUCUGUAGUUUAUUCAUGUAUCUAAUGCGCCACCUCUUUACGAUGGAAAUUGGAAAUGGCUGACAGUUUUAUUUUAGAGUUUGAAAUGAUUUUGCACCUUAACGAGAAGAACCAGCGGUUCAUGCACCUUUUAUGAGAAAUGUUGUGUUGCAAUUGAACCCCUUUUGAUGGAAUUUGUCUUUUUGUUUUCCAUGUCUGCCUGCGUUUUUUGUUUAGAAAUUGGCACAAAUUCCAACUGUAAAUAAUCAAAACGACUGUUGAGUUCAACCCCAAGUGUUCUUCCUUUCUGUUGCUGGAUGCAUCUGAUUGUGAAAUGUUAAAAACGUACCUUUUUUCUGUAUGUGAAAGUUUGUAUUUGCUUGUUGAAUGGCCUGUUAUGGGUCAGCAUGGGGGGUUCAGUGUUCCUGUUGCAGUUGGAUAUAAAAGUUAUGGGAAUGCUCUCACAGAUGACUGAUUACUUUCUGCUUCUGGCGGGGCAUUUCUAAAAAGGGUUUUAUUUUUCUGAAGACAGCAACAGGGUAAAAAACAGGAAGGAAUUUAUUAUUUUUUAUGACAAGCAGUUGAUGCAAUCUUUUAGGGGAAAAAAACAAGAAGCAAGCUUAGCGUAUUUUCAUUGAGUCAAUUAUAAGGAUGGGUUUAAUGAAAUAUUCAACUUGGUGGUUUAUGGAAAGAACAAAAAUCCAGUACCUCGUAUUCUGUAAUUAAGGGUAAUGACAACAAAACCUCAGUAAGCUCUGCAUCUGACUGUAGAUGCCCCCCUCCCCUACGUACCUCCACAGUAUACUCAAAGACUGUCGUGCUUCCUGUCCUUCAUGCAGCUGGUGUCGAGUUUCACUUCCACAAGUUUGUUUAUCUGUUUCGGAGAGGGACAAAGCAGUGGUUUCAGGUGGUUGAAUCCAAAUUUGAAAAUGUUUGUUUAAUUUGCUGAGUGGCUUUUAACUGUGCGACUUUUACAGUUCACCUCAAACUACUUCUCGAUGUCUUUCCAUACAUUUUUUUAUAUUAUGACACUACCUAAAUCAGUGUAUGUAACUCGCCGUAACCCGGAAAUAGUUUCAUGAUGUGUUGCUGUUAAUCUGUGGUUUCAAAUUAAAAAAUAUCCACAUUUUCAAAAUAAAUUCUCUAAAGUACCAGCUCUCUAGACACAUGCUUAAAAAGUUAAGGACCAAGAGAAAUGCCACUCACUGAGACAUCUGGAUUUAAUUCCUUGAAUUUAAUUUCCUAUAUAACAAAAACGUUUUUUUAAAUAAUAGCUCUUUGGUACCAAAUCUGUCAAUGUUCCUGCCUAAAGAAAAUCGGUAUGACAAAAGCCUAAUCGAUGUUAAAAUGUCUAAAUGCAGUUCCAUUGUUAAGAGUUAUUGGUAAAAGGUGAGUGCCAUUGACACACUUGAAGACAAAUGUAACAUAAACAAAGAUUUAAUGAGGAAUAUUUCAAAAUAAAAAGUUUCAAAGACAGAAACAACUUGGAUAAGUUUCUUGCAGUAACCCUGUUACACGGUGACACACUGAACGACUCUCACUCUAUUUUGAGUCACUAACUACAGUUGAAAUAUCACCACUGAAUCAGUAUUGACUCUUAGGAAGCUUUGUUAGUCUGUUUACGCACAGCAACCCAGUCCACAUAGAAUAUCCUGCUAUUGCGCCUCAUGAGCCUAGAGUAGAGUUAACUUUGGUUACAGGACUUAUCAGGGGUUUUUACCUAUAGUGAAUGUUCUCUGAUCUCCAAAAAGUCCCUCGACCACAACGUACUUCAUCUGCAAGAGCUGUGCUUGUGUUUCACCUUCUGUGCAUUUGAGAAUUGAAAGAUUUCAUGCUUCGUUUUUUUGCCUACGUUCUCAGCAAAUCGUAAUUUCAAAGUUUGUGUUUACACUUCAAGAAACAUGUAGACCUACACACUUGAAUGGAUAAGGUGUGGCGUGGCACGGCACGGGGAACCUUUUGUCACUAAACAGUACAUAUAUAAAUAUGAUUAUACACAUGUAUAGGUAAAUACUGUAUAUUAUAUAUAGACACACACAUAGAGAUUGUUUGUUGUGCACUCGCAGCAUGAGGUAUAUAUUUACCCAGAAACGGCGCUUCUUCACAACCUGUGCAGUAAUUGGUCUGCCCAUGUCUUUGCCCCUGCUCCUCGCCCUGUGUAACCCUGUAGCGCCAGUGUACAUCCUGUACUUCUCAUCCUAUUUCUUUCUGUGUUCCAAGUGCCAAUAACUUUGUGAAAGCCCUGUAACUGUGACCCAACAUUAUCAAAGGUAAUUGCACAUUAACAACUGUAAGAUAAAUAAAUACAAAUCAUAGAGAAAAAUGUCAAAAUGGAUUAAAUAAUGAAUAUCUUAAUAAAAGAUUUGUAACAA